CAGUUUCACGAAAAACAAAUUAUCUUCCUGUUAACAAUUUUCUGAAAACGACUGCGCAAAGAUCUUAUGUAAAAACUGCGUGGUCUUGUUAUAUUGCUUUGCGUUUCAAAUGUGAAGUUUAUGUGCGGUUACAGCUGUCUAUCAGACAGAAUGACUGGCCAACUUCGUGAUUCCGACAAGUCCCAGAUCGAAAGCUGGAUUGGACAGGGCCCAAAAAAUUUUAGCCUUUUAUACAGUAUCUCAAAGGACGGAUGCUCUGCUCAGAAAUUCCACGAGAAAUGCGACCAUCAAGGAUCCACAAUCACGGUGAUCUACAACAACCAAGGGUCUGUUUUCGGUGGUUACACAUCCGCCAGUUGGGCAGCUAGUAUAUCCGGUUCGACAAGAGAUGACAAGGCCUUCUUGUUUCAGCUGAAAUUUUCCGGUACAGAUACGAGACGUCAAUUUCCCAUUUCUGAUGCGGCAUUUGGCAUUUAUUCGCAUCCAAACUUCGGACCGACAUUUGGCGAGGAAGCUAAAUUUGAUUUAAAAUCAUUUAGCGGCACAAUCAAUAACGCAAGCGGUGUAUUCCAAUUAGAUGGUGCAUUCACAUUUGGAACGCACUUUGCCAUGACUGGUGUAUCAAGUUGGGACGAAAUCCACAACGGGGUAGUUACUGUUACAGAUAUCGAAGUUUACAGCGUUGCAGUAAAACAAGUUACAGAAGAGCCUUAUCAAGCUCAUUGGCGAAAGAUGCCAGAAUGGAAUAGAAAGUUGUCUCAAGAAUUGCUACAAGAAGUGAAAUCUUUACAACCAAGCCCUGAAAUGAAGCUUCAGGACUAUCGUAUCUUGCUGAUUGGUCCAGUGGGAGCUGGUAAAUCCAGCUUCUGUAACACGGUGAAUUCAGUGUUCAGAGGAAGAAUGACACAAAGGGCUAUUUGUGGAGAAGGACAACACAGCAUCACAACUGCGUAUCAGCCAUAUGUUUUGAACUCGAAGGACAAUGUACCGCUACAUGUCCGACUUUGCGACACACGAGGCCUGGAACCAAACUUUGGAAUCGAAACGAUGGAAUUCAGCUAUCUACUUAACGGACAUAUACCCGAGAGAUAUGAGUUUAAUGCUGAAAAGUCGAUUUCUUUAGACGACCCUAUGUUUGUGCUGAAGCCAAGCCUUAAAGAUAGGCCCCAUUGCGUUGUGUUCGUACUGGACGCUACAACAAUUGGAAAGUUGGAUGAGAAACUGUUGGAAAAAAUUAAGAACUUCAGGAAGUCUGCAACAAGGAAACAAAUUCCACAAGCAGUUCUCUUGACGAAAAUAGAUAUACAAGAUAAAGCUGUCGGUCAACAUUUAGAAAAGGUUUACACAAGCACUGUUAUAGAAAAAAAAGUUCAGGAAAUUUCCAACAUGAUUGGCUUUCCGAAGAACCAUGUGUUUCCGGUGAAAAACUACGAAGAUGAGAUGCUUCUUGAUGACGGAGUGAACAUCCUGGCGUUAUUGGCGCUGAGACAGAUCCUAUACUUUGCUGAGGAUUACAUUGAAAAUCAGCGGUCUGAGGUGGCAGAAGGGCCUGAAGAGGAGAGAGUUGACAAAAGCCAAAUGGACUUAUCGUAGGAAAUAUGUCUAAGGCUAUGACUCCAGGGGAACACAAAGGUCUUCGCGGCUUUUCCAGUAAGAAAAAACUCAAUAUCGAUGAUGAUGAUGAUGAUUUCUCAUAAAGAAGAAUGGACUUCGGAUGUACUUAGACAAUUGUUAUGAAAACUAUUGCUAGAAUCAACAUUAUCACAAAUACUUGUAAAAGGUACUAAAACAUUACUGACCAAUUCCAAAAUAUCAUCCUACGUGUAUAUUAAUAUGACAUAUUAUCUUUUUAGUGUGAUAUGAUUAUUUGAUUUGUUGUACUUUCUUGUUUACUUUUAUGUUGUUUUUUCUCGUGCAUUUCAUUCGCGUGUGAUUACUAGCGUAUUCAGUUUUUUAAUUGUAUGUUUAUUUUAUAAACAUGGUCUUAUUUUUAUCAUUAUGCAUUGUACAUUUAACAAUCACAAAAGGUUAGCGUUAAACAGAUACGGUGUUUGUUAUUAAUUCGACCAAAAUAAAAUAAAUUAAUACUUGUAAAGAAGUUUUUAUCACAUGUAUUGUAUGCUGGUAAAAUGAUCAUGAAAAAUUUUCAAAAUGCAUUUUAUAAACGGUAUGGUUUUGUAUCUUUACUCUUUGAUGGACUUAUUUGCAUUAUAUCUUUAGUGUGUGGUUGAAUUAUUUUUGCAUUGAUGUCGAUUUAUGUCAGUAUAUUGUUGUUUAUUUGUAUACGAUUUAUACUUAACAAGGUAGUAUACGUUGGGAUAACGAUUUUGUAAAAGAAAACACAAAAAGUAUUCUGGAAACUGGAGUUUUAAAGUAUAAUUGAAAACAUAUAAAUAUGUAAAAUCCUAAGCUCCAAUCUAAAAACAUUAUACUAUUUUUUUAAACAAUCAAGCAAAAAAAGCAAACCAAACAAAUAAUUGGGAAAAUCUGCCAAUAGCAGAACAUAAAUUAUAUAUGCAUCUAUUAUUGGCGUCGCACUGAAGUGCGGCGACUAGUUUGUAAUACGUUUUUUUUCGCUUAUGGGAGGAGAAGUUAUUUUACGGAUCAAUGUAUAUAUUUAGUACAACAUUUAUUGCCAAUAAUGCAAAGCUAAUUAUUUUAAUUAAUAACUAAUCACAGGUACUGGACAAUAAUAAAAGAUCACAGGGACUGGGCAAAUAUGCGAACCGGUAAAACUUUCUGGUUUUGUUUAAAAACAAAACUUCUUUGUUCCAAUAUCCUAUUGUUACUAAUAAAGGCGCUGUAGAGCGCGAAGCGCGACACGUAUUAUUAAUUGUAAUAAUGAGUCUUAAUAAAGGAAGCAGCCGCUUAUCAAUGAGGAGCACCAUCACAGCACCCCAGUCUCAUUACUAUCAAGUCCUCCUACAGGUUUUUUUAAGAACCACAUAUAAAAUGCCGCAGGCCUGAUCCGUAUCUUGCCAUUGGUAUGGACCCUUUGGUACGGAUCUUUAACUCCGCUCACUAUCCAGCGUUUAAACUUUCGGGUUUACAUUUAAACCGACUAUUAAUAGCUUAUUAAUAUCUUAGUAAGAAGAUGAUUUUUCAAGCGGUUUCGUAGUGUAGUGGUUUCACGCUCGCUUCACAUGUGAGAGGCCCAAGGUUCGAGUCCCAGUAGAAUCAAAUUAUUUUAUUUGUGUUCUAUGUUAACUUUUUGUUUUGAUGUCGACAUUUUAGUUUAAAUAAAUAUUCGGUUUAAUUGUAA